AUGAAGAGUGAACUAGAAAGUUUCAAAGAAAAUAAUGUGAAACAGUCGUUUCAGAUAAUGUCCCUGAAAAAUGAUAUCAAGGACCUAGAAGAGCUUAUUGCCUCUCUAACCAGAAUUAAAUCUUUGAAAAGCAUCAAUGUUCAUAGUCUUGAAAGAGUCAACUGGGAUCUGAAUGAAAGAAUUAUGGAACUAGAAAACCGUCUAAGAAUACAUCUGGUUGAAAAAGAAAAGGCAGAGCAAAAAACAAAACUUUUGGAGAAAAAAUUAGCAGGCGCUAAUGAACUCACCCCUCGUAUGAAUACAAAAGGACAAGAAGAUACCUUGGGCAGUUUCAUGAUAAAGGAUAAAGGUAAAGCCAUCCUGGCCAAGAACUGUGAGAGAGACAACAUUUUUCACUCCGAGGGACCAAAAGAUGGGCAGAAAAUUUGGGAUAAAUGUCAAGAGGAUUUGAUCCAUACAGAAAAACAAAAAUAUACUCUAGACAGACCUCCGUAUUCGUCCAGCUGGGAAGCUAAAGCUGUGCAGUGCCACUCUCAAGAAUUCCUCAGUCAGUUGGCUCCUCUUCUGAGCGACAGUGCUGCCCCUGUCCCAGCCACGGAGGAAGCCGAGAAAGAGAGGAUUCAGGAAGUCGGUGCCAACGACCAGUCUUGGAAGUCUAGAACUGAAGGCCUUCAGCAGGAAAUUCAGAUGCUCACUAAACGACUGGAACAGGUGCAUCCUCAUCAUCGUGAAGAAUCAUCCCAAACUGAAGAGAAGUGUGGGGAACAAAAAAGACCCUUGAAACGUCUGGAUUCAAAGGAAAACUCCAGGUCUAAGAAUUCUAGAAUAAAUGGGAACAGCAAGAUGUUUAAACAGCUAGAGAAAGACAACAAGCAACAAACUUUAUUGAAUAUUAAGCAGAAUUUGCAGAUUGCAACCACUCAAAGAUUAGAGGGAGAAAUUCAGGAACUUCAGAAACAGCUCAGUGAUUUGAAAUUGUCAAAUAAAAAUAUGAAAACCCAGCUAACAAGAGUAAAUAUCCUUAAAGACAAAACAAUCCAGAAGCUCAGGCAAUCUUUAAUAAAAGUUGAAGCAAUGAGAGGGAAGGCAGUUGGGAAAUCGGGUAACUUGAAAACUCCGCUGGACUCGGCCAAGCAGGAGGCAAGCUGGGACAAAGACAGGGCCCAUCAGGUGGUAGACGCUGUGACUCCCGGGCUCUGCACAGCAAAGAGCGCACUCGAAAACAUUGUCGUUAGAAUCUGCACUGCUGCGACAGGCGGGCCAGCUCGUGCGCGCUACGGCGCCUGCGCGCUCCUCAGCUCCUCCCGCAACCCUGCGCAGGAGGUGACUGGAGAGCGUCUCAAGCUUGGCUGUUGCUGUGCGACACUGCGGGAGGAAGAGGGCGGAGAUGACGCAAGGCCAGGCCACAUCGACUCCAAGCCUGCGCCUCAUUCUGCGCUGGGCUCUUCUGGCCUCCCUCAUUCCUGUUCUCUGUCCUAUCUGCAGAAGUCCUGGGCCCUGAACGCAGCUUCCAGAGGACAGAGUGGAAGGAUGAGGGAUUCUGAGGGAAGGAUGCAAGGCUGGGCCUUGGCACCUGUAGAAUUAGAAGAGACCCAGAGAUCAGCACCCUCCUGUCUGAAACGCGGUCGGCUCAGGUGGCCCUCCAUAUUUGGGGCUUGUCUCCACCACCUGUGGACCUCGCUGGUCGAAACCAAGAGCACACUAGAGAUGGCCUAUGGGGAAUCUGCUACUUGCCUUUUAAUUGCCACCGUCAGUGGCUGCCCUAAUGCCACUUCCUUCUCCAUAACUACCUGGUAUGGUCCUGGUCUACAGACUGUGGUCUACACACUGUGGUCUACUGCCCAGAGACUCCACUUCGGGAACCCCACUGAGGCGGGGGUGGGGGGACUGGAGCUGCCACCAGGGGGCGUUGGCCUGCGAAAUGAGCACGGUGAGUCUCGAUCGAGAGAUAAGGAGUUCGGGACCAUCAGAGACCUCCCAGCCGCCCACUUGGUGGUCACGUGGGCUCUUGGGUUCUCCCUCUCCACCUCCCUCUCUCGGAUCUUUAAAAGGAAGAAGCGGCUCCUCGUUAAGUCACAACCGCUCUUUGCAGUGUCUCCAGCUACUGGACGUUUUGACACCCACUCUCCGGCUCCUGCUGCGAGGACCACCUAUAGAAACUUGCUGGGAAGAGGAGGUGGCGAGAGAGGGAUCCUCUGGGGCUGCGGCUGGCACCCCGGGCUGCGGGUAGGCUGGCGUUCCGUGUCUGGGCUGCACCGGGCGCUCGCUCUCCGCGGCUGGUGGCCUGCAGCCAGGUGCCGGGCAUAG